AUGGAGGAGGUGGUGAUUGCUGGCAUAUCGGGGAAGCUGCCCGAGUCGGAGAACCUGCAGGAGUUCUGGGACAACCUCAUUGGUGGUGUGGACAUGGUGACGGACGAUGACAGGAGGUGGAAGGCCGGACUGUACGGCCUGCCCCGGCGCUCCGGCAAGUUGAAGGACCUGUCCAAGUUCGACGCCACCUUCUUCGGGGUCCACGCCAAGCAGGCGCACACAAUGGACCCCCAACUGCGCCUGCUGCUGGAGGUCGCCUACGAGGCCAUCGUGGACGGAGGAAUCAACCCGGCCUCGCUCCGAGGGACCAACACUGGUGUCUGGGUGGGAGUGAGCGGCUCUGAGGCCUCCGAGGCUCUCAGCCGAGACCCCGAGACCCUCGUGGGCUACAGCAUGGUGGGCUGCCAGCGAGCCAUGAUGGCCAACCGCCUCUCCUUCUUCUUCAACUUCAAAGGGCCCAGCGUCGCCCUGGACACAGCCUGCUCCUCCAGCCUGCUGGCCCUGCACAACGCCUACCAGGCCAUCAGCAGCGGGGAGUGCCCCGCGGCCCUCGUGGGCGGCAUCAACGUCCUGCUGAAGCCCAACACCUCCGUGCAGUUCAUGAAGCUGGGCAUGCUCAGCCCCGAGGGCACCUGCAAGUCCUUCGACCAGGCGGGGGACGGGUACUGCCGCGCGGAGGCCGUGGUGGUUGUCCUGCUGACCAAGAAGUCGCUGGCCCGGCGCGUGUACGCCACCAUCCUGAGCUCCGGCACCAACACCGACGGCGCCAAGGAGCAAGGCGUGACCUUCCCCUCUGGGGAGGCCCAGGAGCAGCUCAUGCGCUCCCUGUACGAGCCGUUCGGCGUGGCCCCCGAGUCCCUGGAGUACAUCGAGGCUCACGGCACCGGCACCAAGGUGGGCGACCCCCAGGAGCUGAAUGGCAUCGACCGGGCCCUGUGUGCCACCCGCCAGGACCCCCUGCUGAUCGGGUCCACCAAGUCGAACAUGGGGCACCCGGAGCCGGCCUCGGGGCUGGCCGCACUGGCCAAGGUGCUGCUGUCCCUGGAGCACGGGCUCUGGGCGCCCAACCUGCACUUCCACAGCCCGAACCCCGAGAUCCCAGCGCUGCACAAUGGGCGGCUGCGGGUGGUGGACCGGCCCCUGCCCGUCCGCGGGGGUAACGUGGCCAUGAACUCCUUCGGCUUUGGCGGCUCCAACGUCCACGUCAUCCUUCGACCCAACUGGUGCCCGCCCCCCACGCCCGCCCCCCACGCCGCCUUGCCCCGCCUGCUGCUGGCCAGCGGCCGCACCCCUGAGGCCGUGCAGGGGCUGCUGGAGCAGGGCCGCCAGCACAGCCAGAACCUGGCCUUCGUGAGCAUGCUCAACGACAUCGCGGCCAUGCCCGUCACUGCCAUGCCCUUCCGGGGCUGCACCGUGCUGGGCGGCGAGGACAGCGGGCAGGAGGUACAGCAGGUGCCCGCUGGGCAGCGCCCGCUCUGGUUCAUCUGCUCCGGCAUGGGCACGCAGUGGCGCGGGAUGGGGCUCAGCCUCAUGCGUCUGGCCUGCUUCCGGGACUCCAUCCUGCGUUCCGACGAGGUCGUGAAGCCCUUGGGGCUGCAGGUCUCGGAGCUGCUGCUGAGCACGGAUGAGGCCACCUUCGACGACACCGUCAACGCCUUCGUGAGCCUGACGGCCAUCCAGAUCGCCCUCAUAGACCUGCUGACCAGCCUGGGCCUGCGGCCGGACGGCAUCAUCGGACACUCCCUGGGCGAGGUCGCCUGCGGCUACGCCGACGGCUGCCUCUCGCAGGAGGAGGCUGUGCUCGCCGCCUACUGGCGUGGCCAGUGCAUCAAGGAGGCCCACAUCCCGCCGGGGGCCAUGGCAGCCGUGGGCUUGUCCUGGGAGGAGUGUAAGCGGCGCUGCCCCCCUGGCGUCGUGCCCGCGUGCCACAACUCCAAGGACACGGUGACCAUCUCGGGACCUCAGGCCUCCGUGUCCGAGUUCGUGGAGCAGCUGCGACAGGAAGGUGUGUUCGCCAAGGAGGUGCGGACGGGCGGCCUGGCCUUCCACUCCUACUUCAUGGAGGGCAUCGCCCCCUCGCUGCUGCGGGAGCUCAAGAAGGUGAUCCGGGACCCGCGGCCCCGCUCCGCACGCUGGCUCAGCACCUCCAUCCCCGAGGCCCAGUGGCAGGGCAGCCUGGCCCGCACGCCGUCCGCCGAGUACAACGUCAACAACCUGGUGAGCCCGGUGCUGUUCCAGGAGGCGCUGUGGCACGUGCCGGAGAACGCCGUGGUGCUGGAGAUCGCCCCCCACGCGCUGCUGCAGGCCGUGCUGAAGCGGGGCCUGAAGCCCGGCUGCACCGUCCUCCCCCUGAUGAAGAAGGACCACGCCGACAACCUGCGCUUCCUGCUCGGCAGCGUGGGCCGCCUGCACCUGGCGGGCAUUGACAUCAACCCCAAUGGCCUGUUCCCGCCCGAGGAGUUCCCAGCCCCCCGGGGGACCCCGCUCAUCUCCCCCCUCAUCAAGUGGGACCACAGCCAGACCUGGGACGUGCCUGCCGCCGAGGACUUCCCCAGCGGCUCCAGCAGCUCCUCAGCUACUGUCUACACCAUCGACGCCAGCCCCGAGUCCCCCAGCCACUACCUGGUGGACCACCGCAUUGACGGCCGCGUCCUCUUCCCGGCCACCGGCUACCUGAGCCUGGUCUGGAGGACACUGGCUCGCGCCCUGGACCAAAACAUGGAGCAGAUGCCCGUGGCUUUUGAGGACGUGACGCUGCACCAGGCCACCAUCCUGCCCAAGACGGGCACUGUGUCCCUGGAGGUGCGGCUGCUGGAGGCCUCGCACGCCUUCGAGGUGUCUCAGAACGGCAACCUGGUCGUGACCGGGACGGUGUACCAGUGGGAGGACCCCGACCCCAGGCUCUUCGACAGCCAGGACGGCCUGGACGCAGCAGACCCCGCAGAUCCCUCGGCCACCUUCCGCUUGUCCCGGGGCGACGUGUACAAGGAGCUGCGGCUGCGGGGCUACGACUACGGCCCCCACUUCCAGGGCAUCCUUGAGGCCUCCCUCGAAGGCGACACUGGCCAACUGCUGUGGCGGGACAACUGGGUGACCUUCCUGGACAGCAUGCUGCAGAUGUCCAUCCUGGGUGCCUGCCAGCGCAGCCUGCGCCUGCCCACCCGCACCGCCGCUAUCCGUAUCGACCCCGCCCUCCACCGGCGCAAGGUGCACACACUGCAGGACGAAACCCCAGCGGUUCGCGUGGUGGUGAGCAGCUCUCUGAACAGCACGGUGGCUGGGGGCGUCCUCAUCUCAGGCCUGCACGCUUCGGUGGCCCCGCGGCGGCAACAGGAACAGCACACGCCCAUCCUGGAGAAGUUCUGCUUCACGCCGCACGUGGAGGGCGGGUGCCUGGCGGACAGCGCGGCCCUGCAGGAAGAGCUGCAGCUGUGCAGCGGGUUGGCACAGGUGCUGCAGGCCAAGGUGGCCCAGGAGGGUCUGAAAAUGGUGGUGCCCGGGCUGGAUGGGGCGCAGGCCCCGCGGAAGCCCCCGCAGCAGGGCCUGGCUCGGCUGCUGGCGUCCGCCUGCCAGCUCAACGGGAACCUGCAGCCAGAGCUGGGCCGGGUGCUGGCGCAGGCGCGGCCGGAGCUGCCCGAGGACCCGCUGCUCAGCGGCCUCCUCGACUCCCCGGCUCUCAAGGCCUGCGUGGACACUGCCCUGGAGAACGUGACCGGCCUCCGCAUGAAGGUGGUGGAGGUGCUGGCUGGGGACGGCCACCUCUAUUCGCGCAUCCCGGCGCUGCUCAACACCCAGCCCCUGCUGCAGCUGGACUACACGGCCACCGACCGCCACCCCCAGGCCCUGGAGUCGGCCCAGGCCAAGCUGCAGCAGCUCGACGUGGCCCAGGGCCAGUGGGACCCCGCGGAUCCCGCCCCCAGUGGCCUGGGCCCGGCCGACCUGCUGGUGUGCAACUGUGCGCUGGCCACCCUCGGGGACCCGGCCACAGCCCUCGGCAACAUGGCCGCCGCCCUCAAGGAGGGGGGCUUCCUGCUCCUGCACACGCUGCUCAGAGGGCACCCCCUCGGGGAGACGCUGUCCUUCCUGACCUGCCCCGAGCCGCAGCCAGGCCGGCAGGGCCUGCUGGGCCAGGACGCGUGGGAGGGCCUGCUGGCGGGGGCGUCCCUGCGCCUGGUGGCCCUGAAGAGGUCCUUCUACGGCUCCGUGCUCUUCCUGUGCCGCCGGCCCGCCCCGCAGGGCAGCCCCAUCUUCCUGCCCGUGGAGGACGCCAGCUUCCAGUGGGUGGACUCGCUCAAGGACAUUCUGGCCGACGCCUCCUCCCGGCCGGUGUGGCUGACGGCCAGCGGCUGCGCCACCUCGGGCGUCGUGGGCCUGGUCAACUGCCUGCGGAAGGAGCCCGGCGGCCACCGGGUCCGGUGCAUCCUGGUGUCCAACCUCAGCAGUGCGUCCCCCGUCCCCCAGCUGGACCCCGGCUCCGCGGAGCUUCAGGAGGUGCUGCGGGGGGACCUGGUGAUGAACGUCCACCGGGACGGGGCCUGGGGGGCCUUCCGCCACUUCCUGCUGGAGCACGGCCCGCCGGAGGAGCAGACGGAGCACGCCUUCGUGAACGUCCUCACCCGGGGGGACCUGUCCUCCAUCCGCUGGGUCUGCUCCCCGUUGCGCCACGCCCCGGCCCCCAGCCCCGGCGUCCAGCUCUGCACCGUCUACUACGCCUCCCUUAACUUCCGGGACAUCAUGCUGGCCACGGGCAAGCUGUCGCCUGACGCCAUCCCAGGGAAGUGGGCAGCCCGGGACUGCAUGCUGGGCAUGGAGUUCUCUGGCCGAGACCCCAGCGGCAAGCGCGUGAUGGGGCUGGUGCCCGCCGAAGGCCUGGCCACCUCCGUCCUGCUGUCCCAGGACUUCCUGUGGGACGUGCCCUCCAACUGGACCCUGAAGGAGGCGGCCUCGGUGCCCGUGGUCUACACGACGGCCUACUACUCGCUGGUGGUGCGCGGGCGCGUGCAGCGCGGGGAGACGGUGCUCAUCCACUCGGGCUCGGGUGGCGUGGGCCAGGCGGCCAUCGCCAUCGCCCUCAGCCUGGGCUGCCGCGUCUUCACCACCGUGGGGUCAGCGGAGAAGCGGGCAUACCUCCAGGCCAGGUUCCCCCAGCUCGAUGACACCAGCUUCGCCAACUCCAGGGACACGUCCUUCGAGCAGCACGUGCUCCGGCACACGGCGGGGAAGGGUGUGGACCUGGUCCUGAACUCGCUGGCAGAGGAGAAGCUGCAGGCCAGCGUGCGGUGCCUGGCCCAGCACGGCCGCUUCCUGGAAAUCGGCAAAUUCGACCUUUUCAACAACCACCCCCUGGGCAUGGCCAUCUUCCUGAGGAACGUGACCUUCCACGGGAUCCUGCUGGACGCCCUCUUCGAGGAGGCCAGCGCCGACUGGCGGGCGGUGGCGGGGCUGCUGCGGGCGGGCAUCCGGGACGGCGUGGUGCAGCCUCUCCGCUGCACCGUGUUCCCCAAGGACCAGGUGGAGGGCGCCUUCCGCUACAUGGCGCAGGGGAAGCACAUCGGCAAAGUGCUCGUGCAGGUGCGUGAGGAGGAGCCGGACGCCAUGCUUCAGGGGCCCCUGCCCACCCUGACGACCGCCGUGUCCAAGGUCUUCUGCCCGGCCCACAAGAGCUACGUCAUCGCCGGGGGCCUGGGCGGCUUUGGCCUGGAGCUGGCUCAGUGGCUGGUGCUGCGCGGGGCCCAGAAGCUGGUGCUGACCUCGCGCUCUGGCAUCCGCACGGGCUACCAGGCCAAGCAGGUGCGGGAGUGGCGGCGACAGGGUGUGCAGGUGCUGGUGUCCACCAGCAACGCCAGCUCCCUGGACGGGGCCCGGGGCCUCAUCGCCGAGGCCGCGCAGCUGGGGCCGGUCGGAGGCGUCUUCAACCUGGCCAUGGUCCUGAGGGACGCGAUGCUGGAGAAUCAGACGCCCGAGCUCUUCCAGGAUGUGAGCAAGCCCAAGUACAGCGGCACCCUGCACCUGGACAGGGUGACCCGUGAGGCGUGCCCCGAGCUGGACUACUUCGUGGCCUUCUCCUCGGUGAGCUGUGGGCGCGGCAACGCAGGCCAGACCAACUACGGCUUCGCCAACUCCACCAUGGAGCGCAUCUGCGAGAGGCGCAGGCACGAUGGCCUCCCAGGCCUGGCCGUGCAGUGGGGCUCCAUCGGUGACGUAGGCGUGGUGCUGGAGACGAUGGGCAGCAAUGACUCAGUCAUCGGGGGGACGCGGCCCCAGCGCAUCGCCUCCUGCCUGGAGGUGCUGGACGUCUUCCUGAGCCAGCCCCACCCCGUGCUAAGCAGCUUCGUGCUGGCGGAGAAGAAGGCCGCGGCCCGCGGGGACGGCGACGGCCAGCAGGACCUGGUGAAGGCCGUGGCACACAUACUGGGCAUCCGCGACUUGGCCGCCGUAAACCUGGACAGCUCGCUGGGGGACCUGGGCCUGGACUCGCUCAUGGGCGUGGAGGUGCGCCAGACGCUGGAGCGCGAGCACGACCUGGUGCUGUCCAUGCGCGACAUCCAGCAGCUCACGCUGCGGAAGCUGCAGGACCUGUCCUCCCAGGCCAGCCCGGCCAGCGAGCUGGCGGCCUCCACGCCCAAGGAGAACAGCCCUGCCCGGCAGCAGGCCCUGCUGAACCUGAGCACCCUGCUGGUGAACCCCGAGGGCCCGACCCUCACGCGGCUCAACUCCGUGCAGAGCUCCGAGCGGCCCCUGUUCCUGGUGCACCCCAUCGAGGGCUCCACCACCGUGUUCCACAGCCUGGCCGCCAAGCUCAGCAUCCCCACCUACGGCCUGCAGUGCACGCGAGCCGCCCCGCUGGACAGCAUCCAGAGCCUGGCCGCCUACUACAUCCAGUGCAUCAGGCAGGUGCAGCCCGAGGGGCCCUACCGCAUCGCCGGCUACUCCUACGGCGCCUGCGUGGCCUUCGAGAUGUGCUCGCAGCUGCAGGCGCAGCAGGGCCCCGCCCCCGCGCACAACAGCCUCUUCCUGUUCGACGGCUCACACACCUACGUGCUGGCCUACACACAGAGCUAUCGUGCGAGGCUGACGCCCGGCUGCGAGGGGGAGGCCGAGGCCGCGGCCAUGUGCUUCUUCGUGCAGCAGUUCACGGACACGGAGCACAACAGGGUGCUGGAGGCGCUGCUGCCCCUCGCGGGCCUGGAGGAGCGUGUGGUGGCCGCCGUGGACAUGAUCACGCAGAGCCACGCGGGCCUGGACCGCCGUGCGCUCACCUUUGCCGCGCGCUCCUUUUACCACAAGCUGCGGGCCGCGGAGCAGUACACACCGCGGGCCACCUACCAUGGCAACGUGACGCUGCUGCGCGCCAAGAAGGGCGGGGCGCAGGGCGAGGACCUGGGCGCCGACUACAACCUGUCCCAGGUGUGCGACGGGAAGGUGUCGGUGCACAUCAUCGAGGGCGACCACCGCACGCUGCUGGAGGGCAGCGGCCUGGAGACCAUCCUGGGCAUCAUCCACGGCGCCCUGGCCGAGCCGCGCGUCAGUGUGCGGGAGGGCUAGCCGCCCGGCCCGGCCCGGCCCAGUCCGGUCCUGCCGCUGGGCCCGGCCUGCACCCCGGGGGCCGCUAGGAGUAGGACUGAUGCCCGCCCGUCCUGGGCACCUCCCGCCCGGCCACCUCGGCCGCCACCACGUGGGCGCGGGGCCGGGACCCGCGCCACCGACUCGGAGGCCUCCCUGGUCUGUGAAGAGUCGGCCGAGCCGGGCGCGAUCCCGUGAGCCCCGACGCCACGUGCAGCCCGCGCGUCCUUGGGGUCCCGGUUUGGAUUCUAUUUAUUGCGCCGCUGGGGAGCCGCGGGCCAGGAUGCAGCGGGGCAGCGGCCGGGCACCCACCCUGUUCCCUGUUCUUUUUUCAAGAAACACAUUCAUGUUGCUGCUCAGAUUUUGAAAUUUAUUAUAAUUGUCAGUUCAAAGA